AUGGCAUCGACUGAGGGGUAUUCAGCUAUUCCUCGAGAAGAUGCUGAUAGACAAUCAGACACUGGCUCAGCAGUAGCAGCAGCAGCUCAACAGUCCACAUCAGAACCAGUUGCACCUUCUCCUGCUUUGAAAGAUACGAAUCCAUUUGCAAAACUUAAGCAUUGGUGGAUACAGCAUUGGGGAAGCAGUGGAUCAGAGCAUGCGCCAUUGAUCAACAGACAUCGCAUGACAUUGGAGGCGCCUAGAAAGAGUCCAUUGCGAGUGGGUAUCGAGAUCACUGUGAUUGUAGGUAUAUUCGUGUUGGUGGCCAUGGCAAUUCUGUUGUCUGUAGGGACUUGGGACAAUCCUCGAGGCUUCCCUACCAGAAAAUUAUCAGCAGCAGAACAAAUGAUGCUUGAUCUGCCAUCCGCCAAACGGCUCAAGAGCUAUUUGAGAAACUACACAUCUGAACCUCACGUUGCUGGCACAGCUUCCGACAAACGACAAGCAGAAUGGACACGUGAAAAGUUCAAUGAAUUUGGUAUCCCUAACGCCAAGAUCGAGACCUACUGGCCUUUGCUCAACUAUCCCAUUUCACGCCGUCUGGCCAUUGUAUCUGGACCUGAAUACCUUCGUUACAAUGCAUCGCUCAAGGAGGAUCGAGUGGAAGAGGAUAAGUCUACCAAGCAUCCCGAUAUCGUCCCUUUAUUUCAUGGUUUCUCAAAGAAUGGCACCGCAAAAGGUCCUGUGAUUUAUGCUAAUUACGGCCGCUUGGAGGAUUUCCAAUUUCUAGUAGAUCAAGGUGUACAAGUCAAUGGUACCAUUGCGCUCGUGAGAUACGGUACGACCAUGCGUGGACUCAAGAUAAGAGCAGCAGAACAAUAUGGCUGUGUCGGGGUGCUCAUUUACUCGGACCCCAUUGAUGAUGGACCCAUCGACAAGGACACCACCUUGAAUCCACCUGAAUCGUACCCAGAUGGACCCUGGCGAUCUCCUUCUUCUGCACAACGUGGAUCUGUUCAGUACUUGCCCUUUUACCCAGGCGAUCCUCUCACACCAGGUUAUGCUGCCACUGAAAAUGCCACUCGUAUCAAAAUGGAAGAUGCGGUUGUCUUGCCUCAAAUUCCUUCCCUGCCCUUGUCGUGGAAGGAUGCGUUACCUUUGCUAAAGGCAACAGAAGGUCGCGGCGUGUUUGGCGAGUUUGAUUGGGCGGGUGGAUUAGAAGAAGUGGAUUAUUUCAGUGGACCUACUGAAGGCAUGGUGGAACUAGAGAACAUUGUGGAUUACAAAGUGACGCCCAUUUGGAAUGUCAUUGGGCGUAUUGAAGGUUCAGUUGAGCCUCAUCGAUCCAUUAUCUUGGGUAAUCAUCGUGAUGCUUGGGUGUUUGGUGCUGUAGAUCCAUCCUCUGGAUCUGCCACGCUUUUGGAAAUUGCUCGUGUGCUUGGACAAAUGUUACAAACUGGUUGGAGACCCAAACGUACCAUCAUUCUUGCCUCUUGGGAUGCUGAAGAGUUUGGUUUGAUUGGCUCUACAGAGUGGGUAGAAGAUCAUAAAGAAUGGCUGGCAAAAGAAGCGGCCGUCUAUGUUAAUUGCGAUGUGGCUGUAGCUGGACCUUAUUUUGAAAUAGGUGCCUCUCCCUCAUUAAAUCAGCUCCUGUAUGAAGUGACAAGCAUGGUGCAAGAUCCUCUCACCAAGAAAUCAGUCUAUGAAGCAUGGGGAGAAAGAAACAAUGCCACUGGCAUUCCUUCCGCCAAACCACCUGUGGGCGUGUUGGGCUCUGGCUCUGAUUUCACGGCCUUUAUGGAUCAUUUAGGUGUCGCUAGUAUUGACAUGUCCUUCAAUGGAGACUACGGCGUCUACCACAGUGUGUAUGAUUCCUUCCAUUGGAUGGAAAAGUACGGGGAUCCCCAAUUCCAUUACCAUCAAACCAUGGUUAAAAUUUGGGGCUUACUCGCACUUCGUUUAGCGGACGAUCUUAUCCUCCCCAUCCAUCCUGUGGACUAUGCGCAUGAACUACAGAAAUACGUGCAUCAAUUGUACAUUCACUCUUCGCCACACACCUUCCCCACGCUCAAGAAAUCCGUCAACUCACUCAUCAAAGCCGCCUCUACAUUCGAGGCAAAUCUGGUAUCGAUCCAAAAGAAGCUUCGCAAGUUUGGCGGUGACGAAGAUCAAAAGAUGUCUGCGAAAUGGGCCAAGCGCGUAGAAAAGAUGAAUGACAGAUUGACCUCGUUUGAGCGAGGAUUUAUUGACCCAGAGGGCAUGAAGGACCGCGAAUGGUACAAACAUGUUGUGUAUGCUCCAGGUCUUUGGACAGGUUACUCUGGUCAAGUGUUCCCUGCUAUUUCAGAAGCUUAUGAUGCCAAAGAUAUGCAUCUAGCUCGUCAUGCAGAGAACAGGGCAGCCAAAUCCAUGCAAAAGGCACAAGACGCACUUCUUUAG